AUCAAAAGGAGGCGAGGCGAGGCGAGGCCAGGACGCGACUUUUGUGCCGUUCAGACUGCUGGCUGCAUGAGGCGCACCAUCGCGUCCAGCCCCUGGUUCGCUUGCCAAGCCUGGUUCUUCUCUUCCAGCGGGCCAGUAGCAUCUGGGAGCAGAGUUCCUGCAAAGGUUAAGCGGACGGGGACUUUGGAACGGUCGAGCCGACAAAAGCAAGCCCAGCGGGGCAGCGCCUUCGCCAAGCAGCCCGGCGGGAUUUGCUCCUAUUUUCCGGAUCGGCCGGGACCGAGAAAAAAGAGCGAGGCUUGGUUCGAAGGCUACCUGGCGCAAUGGUGACACUGAGCCCCAUCGAUUCGGCGCACCUCACAGUGAGCGCCAACGCCAGUAACAGGCAGAGCCCGGACAAUUCCACCGCGUCCGGAGAAGGCUGGGUGGUGGGCAUGUCCAUUCUCAUGUCGUUGAUCGUGCUGGCCAUACUCUUUGGCAACGUGUUGGUGAUCACGGCCAUCGCCAAAUUCCAGAGGCUGCAGACGGUCACUAACUACUUCAUCACUUCUUUGGCAUGCGCGGAUCUCCUGAUGGGCCUGGGAGUGGUCCCUUUCGGAGCCAGCUACAUCAUUCAGCGCACCUGGAAGUUUGGGAGUUUCUGGUGUGAGUUUUGGAUCUCAAUUGACAUCCUCUGUGUGACAGCCAGUAUCGAGACGCUGUGUGUCAUCGCUGUGGACAGGUACUUUGCCAUCACUUCUCCUUUCAAGUAUCAGAGCCUUUUGACCAAAAAUAAAGCCAGGAUGGUCAUCCUCUUGGUUUGGGUCAUUUCAAUCUUGACUUCCUUCUUACCUAUCCAGAUGAAGUGGUACAGAGCCAAAGGGUUGGAUGCCAAGUAUUGCUAUUCGAAUGAGAGCUGCUGCGACUUCUUCACCAACCGGGAGUAUGCUAUUGCUUCCUCUGUCAUCUCCUUCUAUGUACCUUUGGUGGUCAUGGUUUUCGUCUAUGCCAGAGUCUUCCAGGUCGCUCAGAAACAGCUAAAAAAAAUAGACAAAUGUGAAGGACGAUUCCAUCAGCAAAAUUCCAGCCAGGAGCGAAACGCGGGAAAAGGAAACCAUAGGAAAGCAUCCAAGUUUUGCUUGAAAGAGCACAAAGCUCUCAAAACUCUGGGCAUUAUCAUGGGUACUUUCACGCUGUGUUGGCUCCCGUUUUUCAUCGUCCACAUUGUGCGAGUUAUUGAAGAGCCCUUGAUUUCCAAAAAUGUGUAUAUCUUUUUGAACUGGGUGGGAUAUGUCAAUUCUGCUUUCAACCCUUUAAUUUACUGCCGAAGCCCAGACUUCAGGUAUGCUUUCCAGGAGAUCCUCUGUUUCCGGAGGUCUGCCUUGAAAAUGUAUGUCAACGGAUAUUCCAAUAGCAAUGGGAAAAGUGACUGCAAUGGGCACCACAGUGACUAUCAUGCAAGUGAACACAAGGCUGGCCAAUGGCUGUGUGAAGAAAGAAGUCCCCCUACUGGGGAAGAGUUUGUGCAUUGCAAAGAUAUUCCUGGGUGUCCUGGAAUGGUGGAAAGUUGAGUGGACAAAGAACUCCUCACCCUUUGCCACUUGCAGAAGCUGGGGAAGAGACGAGUCCAAGUUCAGCCAUAUUUCUAUCAGGAUGGGAGAGCUACACAUUCCUUCAAAGAAGGACAAAGGAGUGAGCAGAUGGAGGAAGCCAAGACUCCAGAGUGUGAAACAUGAGGAAUCUGCAGGGAAUGAAUCAUUCUGGGACCCAACUAGGAGAAACCAAAUUCAUUGUGUGAGACUACUGCUUGAGAUUGGAUUGGGGGAACCUUCAUAGUGCAAUAAUGAAAACAUUUUCAUGGAACUGAAUCAUAUGAGUUUUCAGGAGCUGGGGAAGAGUUAAAACAAUCUUUCAUAACCCCACAGGAAAUCUCAAGGAACUAAAAGCUUGGGAAUAUGUUUUCCCAUAUUAUUCUUAGUCUACUAAUAAAAAGGACACACAACAUCAGGCUUUUUAGCUAGCAGAUUGUUAGGAUUGGAAGAAGAUCUUAGUGCAGCCCAUGAUAAGCACAAGUUUAGGAAAACAAAAAAUAGCCCUGGAACUCAUAAACAGGGAACCACUAUUAAAAUGGGUUUUACAAUGCUUUUUCAAACUAGUUUCUAUUCUUGCAAGUCUUUAGAGAGCCAAGUUGUACCACAUAGUUUCAAAAACAUUACUCAACUUUUAUUAACUUUUUAACCAACUUUUACUCAGCAUUUACAGAAUCAAUUUUUCCAUCAGUUUUCAGUGAUAAAGACUUCUGUCCACUUUCCUUUAAAGAAUAACUGAAAAAGGACAUGGUUGGAAGACAGCUCUUCUCUCUUUCUAUAUGUUUAAAUGU